AUGUUCCGCUACAACCUUGCUGAGCGAAGACGGGACUCCACGUCUUCUCGUCGUGAGAUGAAAUCAUUACGGAAGGUUCUACUCGAACCUUUUCGUUCAUCAACUCGUUCAAGCCCAUUCAUCCCCACUGGCGAAGCUCCACCACGGAUUCUCCCUUCGGAAGUACGAGUCGCUAUCAAGAGCAUGAAACCUGGCACAGCCCCGGACCUGAUUUUAUUUCAGCAGACUUUCUUCGGGCUGGUGGCCAUCCGCUCAUGUAAUCUUAGCAGCGCACAUGACAUCCUAUCUUCAGAAAAAAGGAUCCAACCAGUGAAGACCUCGCGAACCGUUCUUAUCCAUAAAAAGGUGACCGAAGACCUUCGGAACUACCGUCCGAUAUGCUUGCUGAGCGUGUUAUACAAAGUAUUCACCAAAUCAUCCUCACACGCAUAUCUAGACGCUGAUAACCAGCCUCAAGAACAAGCUGGAUUCCGCCAAGGGUUCAGCUCUUGGACCACAUCCAGACCGUGUCAGGUCAUAAGGUUUGCCGAAUACCGCCUCCCUUUUCUAACCUUCGUCACUAUGAAAAGCCUUUGA